AUGGCUGUUCUUCCGGUACACGACAUGCCGUUUACUUCUUCUUUGACUUUUCUGAUUCUCCCUCCAUGCCCCAUUUUUGACUGCCCUGGUUCUUGGUGUAAUUGCAGCUUGUUGGGGGACAAGUCACCCUUUUCCCAACAGAGUCUUCAAGGGGACGCCAUGGAUUGUGACGAAGAGACCGCUUGCAUCCAAUGUAGGGCUUCUUUUCUAGAAUUUUGA